GGGAGCCCACAAUCCAUUCAGGAGCAUGAGGCCACUUCCCAGGCCUCUCACCUACACCUGAUGCUGGGGCGCCUAAAAGAGUGGAAAUCCUUGCCAGGCUCCAACCUGGGCUCCACGCCCAUGGCACUGGAGCGGAACCUGUCAGAGUUGCAGCUUCAGGCAGCUGUGGAAGCAACUGGGGACCUGGAGGUAGACUGCUACCGGGCACCUUGCUGUGAGAGCCAGGAUGAACAGGCCCUGUGGCACCUCCUGAAAGAGAAGCAGUUGGCUCAGCUGGAGGAGAAGCUGCGAGUGUUUGAGAACAUUGUUGCUGUCCUCAACAAGGAGGUAGAGGCGUCCCACCUGGCACUGGCCGCCUCCAUCCACCAGAGCCAGCUGGACCGAGAGCUCAUCCUGAGCUUGGAGCAGAGGGUGGUGGAGUUGCAGCAGACCCUGGCCCAAAAAGAUCAGGUCCUGGGCAAGCUUGAGCAGAGCCUGCGACUCAUGGAGGAGGCCUCCUUUGAUGGCACCUUCCUGUGGAAGAUCACCAAUGUCACCAGACGGUGUCACGAGUCAAUGUGUGGCAGGACAGCCAGCCUCUUCUCUCCAGCUUUCUACACAGCCAAGUAUGGUUAUAAGUUGUGUCUGCGGUUGUACCUGAAUGGGGAUGGCUCAGGCAAGAAGACCCACCUGUCCCUGUUCAUCGUGAUCAUGAGAGGAGAGUAUGAUGCUCUCCUGCCUUGGCCAUUCCGGAACAAGGUCACCUUUAUGCUGCUUGACCAGAACAACCGUGAGCACGCCAUUGAUGCCUUCAGGCCUGACCUGAGCUCGGCCUCCUUCCAGCGGCCACAGAGUGAGACCAAUGUGGCCAGUGGCUGCCCACUCUUCUUCCCCCUCAGCAAGCUGCAGUCACCCAAGCACGCCUACGUAAAAGAUGACACAAUGUUCCUCAAGUGCAUUGUGGACACCAGUGCUUAGGGAUGGGAGGUGUCUCCUGAGGGGAACCAACUCAGACUGGGGGAUUCAGCUAAAUGGGCCUCCAUGCCUUGCCCUUGGAGCACACAGUCCAAGACAAGGGUGGGCUGCAGCUGGUAUGACCAGAGUAUGCCACAGCAGCUUGGCUGUGGCGGCUGUGAGAGUAGGAGGACUGGAGCUGUGCCGGCAGAGACAGAGUGGAGAAGGCAAAAGUGCUUUCUUCACAAAGACUACACAACACCAGAGACUGUCAUACCAACAGGCCGACACACCAGCAGGCCAGCAGGUCCUGAAUGUUGAGACCAACCUAAGACUGGCCUAAGGCAUGGAUGUUGAGCCAAGGCUGUGGAGCCUAAGCAGAGGAAUACUCCCACUAGAAAGGUCUCUGUAGCUCAGUGGAAACUGGAAAUAUGUCCAGUCUCUCUGUUCAGACUCAGAACUCAGGGCAGAAGGGUCAGACGCUAGUGUGAAUUUGAGCUGUCCUGGGCUGAGUUCCUAUGUUAACAGAUAAUUCCAGAAGCUGUACCAGGAAGGGCUUGUGGGUUGGAUUUGAAGACCUCUGAUGUUUUUACAGACAAAAGAAACAACAACAAAGGCCUUUGAAUUAUAA